ACUCAUUGGGCACUCAAUUACUGUGAGAAAUGACUGUCAAAAACAAUUGCAUCGCUUUGAGGGAUGCCGUUGUCAUCAAAGAUCUGUGCUUUUCAUACAAUAAUUGCGACAAAAUUCUGAACGGAAUUGAGUUGACUGUACCCAAGGCUAGGAUAUACGGCCUGUUAGGGCCCAGUGGUUGCGGCAAAACCACUCUAUUGAAGUGUAUUUUGGGUCGACUGAAGCCCGAUAGCGGUGUGAUCAGUAUAUUUGGUGGUAGGCCUAAGAAAUGUCAUAUUCCCGGAGCCGGUGUGGGGUAUAUGCCGCAGGAGUUAGCCCUGUAUCAGGACUUCACGAUCGGUGAACUGCUCACAUAUUUCGGCAGAAUAUUUGCCAUGAAUUGCAAUGAAAUCAAUGCAAAAAUCCAUGAACUCAUAGAACUGCUGCAAUUGCCUAAGAAAAACACGUUAAUUGGU